AUGUCGAGCAUUUCACAUAAUGUUAGCGAUGUAGAACAUCAGCAAAACAUAUUUGCGAAUAAUUUUUGGGGCAGAGACGAUGCUGGGUUUGAAGUACUUACUACACGUCUAAAACAUGCGAAGCAAACAUGCGAAGAAAUUAAGAAUUUAUUUCAUGAAAGAGCAUUAAUCGAAGAAGAGUAUGCAAAGCGAUUGUCUAAAUUAUCUAAAAUCCAAAUUGGAAAAGACGAAGUUGG